ACAGGCUGCUAGAGGCAGGCCUGCUCAAACAGCAGUUGUAUAUGCCAACCCCAUUUGCAGACAAAUGGAUGCCCUCAUUCUUCAAGCCCCGAGUAGAGAUUAAGGCCCUACUGUGUAGUUUUGCAUCUCAUGAUGUUGAGGCUACGUCCUUAUAGUCUUCCUUCCUCCUCCUGCACCUGCGACCCCAUCUUCGUGUACUUGCUGUAGUAUUAGACUCAUUAAAAACUACUACUCAGGAGUACUUCUCAAUCCACAUUUUUCUGCAUCAGCUCAACAUUUGUACCUGGUGCUAGGAGGUAUCUUGAAUGGGUCCUCCUCCGAAUGCUUUCACCUUGUAGGAGAAUCCUCUUUCAUCACGAUAAUGCCACUUGUUGUAAUGUUGCUAUUGUUCUUUUUCAUCCUUACUAAGACUAACAUCAUCAUGACCACCAUCAGGAGGUACUACUCAACAUCAUCAUCAAGUCCGGAUCAAGGUGAAAACCUCGAUCAUCUAAACAAAAGACGUCCUCUCCUUGCUGGUAUCGCAUCGUGGGGUUCUUUUCGUUUACAACCUCGUAACAGCACUCACUCACAUCGCAACACUCACCACCUCGGGUAGCAGCACGGACACGAAGAACAAGACGAAGACAGUUAUUAAGGCUACAGAUUGACUACUUCUUGAUCUUGGAGGAUAUAUUCUUGUUCUGCUUAUUUCGCUUCAGUUUGAUUCUCAUCAAUAAAAACAAAAUCAAAAAAAACCUAUAUAUAAAUCAGGAGCAAAAAAAAUGAGGACGAUAACUAUUCACUCACCACCUGCACGUAUUAACUUUAUAUGUUGGCCACCAACGCCAUACACAUCAUUGUUACAACUCGGAGCUUCGAGAAAAAGUACGCGACCAUUAGCCUAGUAGAACUACUUGACUCGACUUCGACAUGAUGAAAGUACACAUCGACGUGGAUACUGAAAGGGCAGGCGCAGGAGUUCUACUUCUAAGUAGAGUAUGCACGGGAGGACGUACGAGUGGAAUAGUGCAGUGCAUAGUCGUCUUCUGCGCGAUGGUCGAUUUGAGUUGUUGUUGCG